CUCUCUCUUUCUCUUUCUCUUUCUCUUUCUCUCUCUAACUCUGGCUGAUAUUCAUCCUUCCCAUUGUGAGACAGGGAGAGAUCUGGCCCGUUAUUCCUCUCAAAAAUUCUCUCCCUUUCUGAGGUACUUUUCCUAACUUUGGAAUUCGAUUUUGGUGUCGCUUUGUCAAAAGGGUCUUCUUUUUCUGCAAUAUCUCUCUCUAUCUCUCAUCUGGUUUCUUGGAUUUCUGUGAGGCUGUCCUGUAGUUGGAGCUAUGGCGGUUGAGGUUGUGGGAUUUGAGACGGUUCAAGGGCCAGCGGAGAACAGUGCUGAAGAAGACAAACCUGUUUCUCAAGAAAUUGAAAAUGGGAAAUUGGAAAAAGAAGCGGAGGUGGCUGAAGCUGUACCAUUUGGGUCACAUGGAGAUGAAUCUGCUCAACCAGAAGAGGAAGUUGCCCCAGAUUCUAAUGUUCCUAAGGAUGCAGCUGAAGAUUGGCCUGCGCCAAAGCAGAUACAUUCUUAUUAUUUUGUUAGGUUCCGGCCUUAUGAUGAUCCAAUCAUCAAAGCAAAUCUUGAUAAGCUUGAUAAAGAGAUGAGCCAGAAAAAUCAAGCACGAAUUCAGGUUACUGAUGCUUUAAGGGCAAAAAGGUCAGAACGGGCAGAGUUGAUUUCUCAGAUUAAGUCUCUACGAGAUGACAAUAAGCAAUUUCAGAGUAUUGUCGAUGAAAAAAUAAAAGAGAUUGAACCUCUGCAGCAGGCAUUGGGCAAACUACGUACUACAAAUAAUUCUGGCCGGGGUGGGGCAUUGUGCUCAUCUGAGGACGAACUUAACAAUCUCAUUAGUAGCUUGCAAUACCACAUACAGCAUGAGAGCAUUCCAUUAGCUGAAGAAAAACAAAUCCUUCGAGAAAUCAAACAGCUUGAAGGAACAAGGGAGAAGGUUAUUGCUAAUGCUGUGAUGAGAGCCAAAGUACAAGAUUCUAUGGGGCAGAAAGAAGCCAUUCAAGAUCAGGUUAAGCUUAUAGGUGGUGAUUUGGAUGGAGCUAAAAAAGAGAGGCAAGUAAUUCGGUCCAAAAUCAAACAACUUGAUGAUGCAGUAAAAGCCUUAGACAAGGAUAUCCAGUCUUUACAGGAUGAACUAGGAGCUGUUACGGAAAAGAGGGAUAAAGCUUAUGAGAACAUUCAGCAGCUGAGAAAACAACGUGAUCAGGGGAACUCCUAUUUCUACCAAAGUCGUGCAAUUAUGAACAAAGCACGGGAGCUUGCUGCAAAGAAAGAUAUUAAUGCGCUUGAGGAAAUUGUUCAAACUGAGGUUGAGAAAGUUAUGUCACUUUGGAACAGUGACAAAUCCUUUAGAGAUGAUUAUGAGAAAAGACUUUUACCAUCACUGGAUAUGCGACAGUUGAGUAGAGAUGGACGGAUGAGGAAUCCAGAUGAAAAGCCACUGCUGGAAGAACCGAAACCUGUUGAAACUGGUACACUGCCGAAAACUAUUGUGAAACAGUCAGAGGGGUCUAAAUCAGUUCCUCAAGAAACUGUGCCCGAGCAGAAAUUUCAGAAAGAAACCAAAAAGAAAGGAAAAGAUUUGAAAUCCAAUGUGGACAGUAAGGUUUUAGAAGAUGCUGAUGAUUAUGAAUUUGAAAUGCCAAAGGAGACUACUGUCAAGGAGCCUCCAAUUAAUCCAGAAAUGCUGAAAGAGAAGAAAAGAGAAGAGGAAAUCGCAAAAGCAAAGCAGGCAUUGGAAAGGAAGAAAAAACUUGCAGAGAAAGCUGCUGCCAAAGCCGCCAUUAGAGCACAAAAGGAAGCAGAAAAGAAGCUCAAGGAACGUGAAAAGAAAGCGAAGAAAGCAGCUGGUGGUCCUGGAUUUGUGUCAAAUCCUGAGGAACUAGCAACAGAUGUUGCAGAGGAUACAGAACAGAAGAACAAUGCUAACAUGGAGGCAUCAGUGGCUCCAGCUCCUGCUGCUCCGGCAAAGGUCCAAAAGGAGAACAGUGUGAGGCCUAGGAUUCGAUCUAAGGCGUUAAAAGGUGCUCCUGAAUCAAUCCCAAAGGCUAUUCUGAAGAGGAAAAGGUCUCAAAAUUACUGGUUAUGGAUUGUAUCUUGUGUUUUAAUAGUCCUGGCUGCUUUGGUGCUGGCAUUCAUCAUUCUUUCUUGAGAACUUAAAUCUAGAAGGAGCUGUACACCAAUUUUCUUGUUCUAUAUAGUCCUCUUGGCUAGUGGAUCAAACACAAACUGGGUUGUGCUACGCUUUGAGAGGAAAGGUUACCUACCUUUUUAUCUGACUCUAAAUUUUGUCAGAUUUCAUGUUAUACUAAGAUUUCUUUUUUGCA